AUGUCCAGAGUGGUGAGUGCUUUAGAUCACAGUAGUUUGUGCCCGGCGUCUCACGGAAUUGUGUUUAAUUCAAGACCCCAAGCUCCAUCAGACAAAUCAUCAAGCUGUAGCAGCAGACAAAGCUCUGUCCAAUUGACCUCAACUGCAUCUGUCAGCUCUGUCCCUGAUCCAACAUUGUCCUCAGAGGAUAUUGAGAAGAUUUUGCUUCAGAAGACUGCUGCGAAAGAAGAUGAACUUAAAAAAGCAUUUCAGACGGUUGACAUUGACCAGACCCUAAAAGUCACCAGGGGUGAAUUUAGAAGAGUGAUUGAAACAUUCAUCUUCCCCUUAACACAAGAACAGUUCGAGGCUGUCCUAGCAAAGGUUCCAGGCACAAGCAAAGUUACUGUUCCUUAUUUUGAGUUCUUGUCAAGAUUUGCUAAGCCCACCAGGAGUCUUUGCACAAAGUGGAGUAGUACUGGAGACAGCCAGACAAGGACGUUAAGUCAGCUGGAAUACCUCUUAAGGGAGAAGAUUUCCAAGAAGCUGAAACAUUUUAUCAAGACCUGUAGACUGCUUGACUACAAUCAAAACGGACAGAUCCAGCGGCAUGAGCUGAGACGAAUUUUUGAGAUCAAUUGCUUCAAGAUGACGGAUUGUGAGUACGAUAAAUUGUGGAACCGGUACUGUGUUUCUAGAACAAACACACUGAAUUAUAAAGAGUUUUUGCAGUAUCUUGGCAUAAAUUUGGAUCAAAAAAAGAAAAGAAUUAUGGAAAGUCAAGAUUCAGUGCAGAAUCAGAAUUAUCCACCAGAAAACAAGAAAAGCCAGUCAAAACUACAGUUCCCUACUACUCCAGGAUAUAAUUUGACAAAAAUCCAUCUAGAUGGCGUCGCAAAGAAUUUUAGAGAAAAGUUGUAUGCAGUCUAUCAGGAUCUCGUAAACGCCUUCAGAGCAUUUGAUGUUGGUCGCAGUGGGUUUGUUUCUUUGGAAUAUUUAAAAUCAGUUCUUAACACAUUUAUAUUUCCCAUACGGGCUGAUGUUUUUCAAGAGCUAAUGAAUAGAUUUGGAAUCAAAGUGUCCAAAAGUAUGGCUUGGGAGAGAUUUUUAGAUAAGUUUCAAGACCCUAUUAUAUUUGAUGAUGACUGGGCAUCUCCUACAAGAAAACACAACAGAAGCAGAAAGUUAGAUGAAGCUUUCUCAAGCGACCGUAUCCUCCUAAAGCUGCAUGGACAUAUCCAAGAUGCAUAUUUAUCCCUGAAGAAAGCCUUCCUUACGCUUGACAGAAAUCAAGAUGGAAAGAUCACAAGAAAUGAACUCCGUAGGAUUUUAGACUGUAUCAUGUUCCAAAUAAGUGAUGAUGACUUUCAAGAACUAAUCAAGAUCAUUGACCCAGAGCACACUGGGCAAGUUAGCUACAAUAAAUUUUUAAACCUGUUUGAAGACAAGGAUGCAUUAACGGAUUCCAAAUGGAUUAAUGGUAGAAAGAAGGCUAAAAAGCCAUCUGCUGUUCUUGAAGCUUGGAAUAUUGCAGAAGAUGUUCUAACUGAGCAAAUCAAAGGGUACUGGAAUGAAUUUGACAAAGCAUUGCAGGCUUGUGAUCCUCGAAACAAAGGAGUUAUUAGCAGAAAUAAUUUCCGAAAAGUUCUUCAGAUCUACUGUCCUUCAUUAACUGAUGACCAUUUUAUUGCGCUGUAUCAGAAGUAUCAAGACGAUACCUCAGAAGGGGUCCUCUACAGAAUGCUUUUACAUAGUUUAGGAGUUGCUGAUCUGCCAAAGGAAUUAAUAGGCAUUAAAAAAAGCCCUUCGCCCCACAGAAUGCAGCAGAGGGAAGAAGAAAGGCAGACAAACCUUUCAGAGAGAAUGAAACAGAUUGAUGGCCAUGCUAACAAAUACUCCAAGAACAGAACUGUUGAUGAAGUAAUUGAAAGGCUGAGUGAUGGUAUCCUACAACGGAAACCUAGCCUUAGAGACUGUUUUCUUUCCUAUAACAAGCAAGCUAGUGGAAAAUUGAGUAAAAAUGAUUUCCGCAAGUUACUGGAAGAUAUUUAUAUGCCAAUGGAAGAUGAUCAGUUUAAUCUACUCAUAGAGAAAAUAGGAUUUCCAAAUGGAGGACUGAGUUAUCUUGAUUUUGUGGCAAUAUUUGAAGAUUCUAGACUGACUGGACUGGGACACACUACACAACACCAAGUAAACACCAGCAAGUGCCACUUUGUGUCAGCUGAAGAGUGCCUUAGCCAGUUUAGCGAUAAACUGGUGGAAGAAUAUGGGGACCCAUACAUUGCCUUCCGUAAAAUCGAUAAGAACCAUGAUGGCAUAGUCACCACGCUGGAUCUCCGACGCCUCCUGGACACCUUUUUGAUCAACAUGACUGAGGAGGAGUUUACACGUCUGCUUGGCAUCUUGGGAAUGAAUGUGACAUCCACAUUCAACUACCCAGAGUUCCUUCAGCUGUUCCAAGAAUAUGCAACUAAAGAGACACGCCCUUGGCUGACCCCAUUUUACAAACCGAAACAGAUUGCCGCAGAUGUGGAUCUAGCUUGUGAACAAGCUCAUUACUAUCUUCGUAUGAAAGCACAAAACAGAUGGAAUGACCUCGCCAUGUUUUUCCAUGAAUAUGAUAGCGAUGGAAAUAACAUUAUUCUGAAAAAGGAUCUGAAGGACGUCCUGUACAGAUGUGGCUUUCCCAUAAAUCCAAAAGAAUUUGAAAAACUUUGGGCAAGGUAUGAUGUGAAUGCAAAAGACUACGUUACCCACCAAGAGUUCCUACAAAAAUUGGGGGUGGAGUGGACACCUCCGAACUCCGGCCUCAACAGACAGUAUACAGAAGAGAACUGUGUUCGCUUUAUGACUCCUUACAAAAAAGUGGAAAGGAAACAAGCUGAUAUCAGUGAGAUUAUAAAUAAGAUCCGGGAAAAAUACCAGGAUUGCUCCCAAGAUUUCCACAAGGCAUUUUUGCAGCAGGAUAGCAAUAGAGAAGGCUGCAUAACAGUGGACGACCUGCGGAAGAUGCUAGAAGACUUCAACUGUUGCCUUGGCUAUCAGCAGUACAGUGAACUUCUAUACAGAUUGGGCAUUAGCAUUCAGGACAAUAAGCUCUCAUAUUUUGAUUUUCUAAGAGCAAUUGGCGAUCGUGGAGCAUUCAGAAAGAAAAAGCGCCUUGUGCCACCUGUGCCACCCGUCAGCUUCAUGCAACUAAGCCUAGAUGAGGCCAUGAUGAAGAUAAAGCAGAUUGUUACAGAUUCGCCUGACCUGUUAUAUAAGGCCUUUUCUGCAUUUGACAAGGAACAUACAGGGACAAUUUCAGCCCAAGACUUCCGGCAGGUGCUGCACCACUUCUGUUUUGCACUAUCGGAAAAGCAAUUCAACCACCUCCUCAGACUUCAGCGGCUUCGUGGGGAGCAUGCCGUAGACUGGAAAUAUUUCCUGCAAAAAUUCAACUUCCUCUCAGAGACUGAGAGAGAACGUAUGAAAGUUGCUUGUGGAGAUCUGACCAACGAACAGGUAUUCAACCGUAUACAAGAAGUUGUGAGUGCUCGUUUUGAAGCCAUUGAGCAAGAGUUUAAAAAGGCAGAUUGUGCAAGAGCAAACGUUGUGUCAAAAGAAGACUUCAGAGAUAUCUGCAAUCGGUGGUUUAUGCUUCUGACUGAUCAGCAGUUUGAGGGUCUCUGGAACACAGUCCCCCUUGAGCUUAACGGGACAUUGAAAUAUCCUGCAUUUUUGAGGAAAUUCAGUGGUGAAACAUCAGAAAUGCCUGAUACACCCAGCACAAGCCAUUUAGAAGGUCCCGGAAAGCUUGCAGUGGUCGCUGAACCUACAUCACAGUUGCCUUCACGGCCCCAAACAGCAUCUUCUCCACCAUCUCCAAGAAAGAUACUGGAUGGCAGCAGACCACAUACUGCAGCAGUUCAGAUUUCACCUAUGCUGAACUGCAAACCAAUUGAAAGUAAGAUUCGAAAAAGUAUUCAACAUUGUUGGAAAGAUAUGCUGAAGGAAUGCCGAGAGAAGGAUAUUGACCGCUUGGGAGAAAUCUCAACAGAAGAUUUCUUAACGAUAGCUGAGAAAUUUCAUUUGAAUUUAACCAAAGAAGAAAGUAAACAACUCAUAAUCAAAUAUGAUUUUAAGAGUGUUGGAAAAUUUGCAUACUGUGACUUCUUACAAAGCUGUGUACUGUUGUUUAAACAACAAGAAACGUCUCCUCUACAAAGGAUUGUAAUCCAAAAUCCACGAAUACAGAAACCCUCUGGACCACAAACACCAACAUUUUUCAAUGCAAUGAUGAGGAUUCAGCCCCAGAUCCUGCACUGCUGGAGGCCAAUGAGACGAACUUUUAAGAUGUACGAUGAAAGCGGGAAUGGACUCCUCAGCAUCCAGGAUUUCAGACAGGUACUCCGUCAGUACAGCAUCAAUCUGACUGAGGAAGAAUUCUUUCACAUCUUGGAAUAUUAUGACAAAACAUUAACUUCCAAAAUCUCCUACAAUGAAUUCCUCAGAGCAUUUCUGCAGUAG